CCCAUCAGUGUUGGAUCGUUUGAAUGCUUUGCUUGAACCUGGAGGUGUCCUCACUGUCAAUGAGAGAGGAUUGAUAGAUGGAUCCACUCCUACCAUAACACCAAACCCCAAUUUCAGGCUUUUUCUGUCAAUGGAUCCUGCUCAUGGAGAAAUAUCCCGAGCUAUGAGGAAUCGUGGACUUGAAAUCUACAUUUCAGGAGAAGGGGAUGAGAGCAUCCCAGACAACCUGGAUUUGAAAGUUCUGCUGCACAGCCUUGGGUUGGUGGGGGACAGUGUUUGUGACAUCCUCUUGGCUCUUCACACAGAGACCCGAAGUACUAUUGUAGGUUCUCCAACCUCUUCUGUGGCUACUCUAAUUCAGACAACCAUACUCAUUGUCCAGUACCUGCAGCGAGGGCUGAGUUUAGACAGAGCCUUUUGGGAAGCAUGCUGGGAAGUGUAUGUCAACUCCCAGCAUUCAACAGAAAACCAGAAGGUUGUGCAGGCUUUGCUGGAGAAACACAUUUCUUGUCUACAAGCACGGGAAACCUGGGGAAACUCCAUUCUUGCCAUGGGGUUGUGGCCAGAUUCUGUGCCCUCAGCUCUCUUUGCUACAGAAGAUUCUCACCUCUCUGUUGUCCGAAGUGAUGGGCAGAUCCUGGCAUAUUGCCUCAAUAGGAUGAGCAUGAAAACCAGCAGCUGGCCGAGGAGUCAGCCUCUUACUUUGCAAGACUUAGAGAAAAUUAUGCAGUCCUCUAACCCCGAGAACCUGAAAUUCAGUUCGGUAGAAGUGGAUACUUACUGGAUUGAUGAGCCAGAUGUUUUGGCCAUGGCUGUUAAAUUGCUCAUAGAAAGAGCAACCAAUCAGGAUUGGAUGCUCAGAGUUAAAUGGCUUUAUCAUUUAGCCAAAAACAUACCACAGGGACUUGAGUCAGCACAGAUUCAUUUGGAAGCCAGUGCUACAUCUCUUAGGAAUUUUUAUUCAAAUUCCCUCUCUGUUGGGAUCAGUAAUAUCUUCAAAAUAUUGCAAGCAAAUAUAACAGAUGACUUUGUGAUCCCUCUGGACCCCCGAUGGAAUAUGCAGGCUUUGGACAUCAUUAGAAAUUCAGUGGAUUUUGAUCCACAAACAGACCAAUUUGAGCAGCUCUUUGCCCUUUUAGAAUCAGUUGCAAACAAGACAAUCAUCUAUCUUGACCGGGAAAAACGCAUUUUUACUGAAACGAAUUUGGUGUCUGUUGAUAGUAAAAAGUUAAGUGUUUUGAGAAUGUCUUUUGAAUUCCAUAAAGAUCCAGAGAGCUAUCACAGCCUGCCUCAUGAAAUUGUGGUCAAUCUUGCUGCUUUUUUUGAACUUUGUGAUGCACUAAUCCUGCUCUGGGUACAGUCCCCCCACGGGAUGGUGUCUGAUGCCACUGUCUUUGAGAUCUUAGGUUCUGUGCAGUGGCGGGACCGAUUUUGGACUGUGGCCGACACAGUAAAAGUGGAUGCCCCAGGUCUGGCUUUACUUGCUCUCCAUUGGCACUGGGUUUUCAAACAUUUCGUCUGUCAGAUUCCACAACUUCUAAUGAAUCAUGAAGACAAGUAUUAUAAGGAGGUUCAGACUGUCUCAGAACAUAUUCAGAAAUGUCUGGGUAGCCCAUCUGGUGGCUUCACUGGUUUAAAGAGGUUGCAGAAGGUCCUGGGACGACCAUUUCCUUUUAAGGAUAGGCUGGUGGUAGAAUGUUUUUCACAACUGAAAGUCCUGAACAAAGCCCUUGCCAUCAGGGAGCGGAUGCCUGUGCUUGGGGAGAGUGAAUGUCAGGAAGAUAUUAAUCGUCUCCAAGUGGUUGCUUCUGAAUGGACAUUGAAGAAAAGUCUCUUGCAGACUGGGGGAUUGAUCCUCAGAGCUAAUAUUGUAGAAGAUGUCAACCUAGAUGAAUUGAAGAAUCUUGUGAACACUCAGUGUUUAAAACUAGAAGCCAGAGGACUUUCACUUGGCUUUCUGGAAAAAAAACAUGGUGAAGCUUCUCCUCCAUUGCAAUCAGACUUCACCUCCCUAAUCCAACUCAUAAGGAGGGUUCAGCUGUGGCCUGCAGUGGAGUACCUGGCUAUGCUUUGGCAGUACAAAGUAACAGCUGAUUUUAUGGCACGGACUUGUCUGAAAAUGUCCAGCAAAAAUCAACAACCCCAGAUAGAUGAGGAGAUAAGUCAUCACAUCACAUUUUGUCUUAAGCAUACACCAGUUUUGCCUCAAGAACUUCAGGGCCUUUGGUCUUUGCUGCAUCAUCAGAAGGUGUCUACUGAAGAAGUUAUUUGUUUGUGGUCUGAAUUAUUUAAUUCUGCGUUUAUGUCUUUCUGGAGUAGUACUGUGACCACAAAUCCAGAGUACUGGCUAUCAUGGAACCCUCUACACAGUGUACACCACAGGGAGAUACCAAAAUCCCUUUUGAACUCCACAUUGAAGGGUUCUGGCAUUCUCUGUAGAGCAGUGUUCUCCAAGUGCUGCUUUGAAGUGUUGACCGGCAGUUGCAGAGCAAGCCCCUGGGAUGUGAGCGGCCUCCCCAUCCUGUCCUCCUCGCAUGUCAUCCUGGGAGAGUGGGUUGAGAGAGCUCAGCAGCUCCAGGAUGUCAGCUCAUUGCUUUGGACCAACAUGGCUGUCCCUUCAGUAGCAGAGUUCAGGCGCACGGAUUCCCAGCUCCAGGGACUAGUGCUGUGCCGGCAUCUGACAGGUCUAGCAGAGCUGCUCCCAGAGCCUCGGCGGCAGGAGUAUACGCAGAACUGUGAGCAGCUACUGCUUUGGGACAGGCAGGCCUUCCAGUAUGUGUGCCAAGCUCUUGGAGACAUGGCCAGUCACGAGGCACUACCCAAGGAAGUGCUCUGCCUCUUGCUUACCUCCCUGCACCACUUGUUUGGAGAAGGCGAAAGUAAGAAGAAACUGCCAGAGCCAGCCCUGCGUGGGAGCCUCUGGGUGCACCUUGGCUUGCUCCAGAUUCAGACUUGGCUUCCCCAGGCACGCUUUGACCCUGCAGUGAAGAGGAAAUACAAGCUUAAAUACGCCAAGGAGAAGUUAUUCCAGCUGCAGUGUGAAUGGAAGACCCGGAACCUAUCAUCCCAGCUACAAACUGGAAGAGACCUGGAAGAUGAAGUACUUGUCAAUUAUUCUCAUCCCCACAUCAGAUUACUUCAUGAAAGAAUCAGUCAGUUGGAGAAUUUAAUCCAUAGCCUGUCAAAAAAGCAGGCCUUCAGACCCCAACUGCCUGCCUAUGAGUCCCUGGCACAGGAGAUCCACCACUAUGUCAACAGCAUAGCCGAGGCUACUGGUGUUCAGGAUCUGCUCACAAGGCUCCUGCAGGCCCUCCACACAGAUGGGCCACGGUCCUCACAGGUGAUCCAGAACCUUCUGAAGGAGGAGGCCUCUUGGCAGCAGUCACACCACCAGUUCAGGAAGCGACUGCUGGAGGAGUAUGCCCUGUAUCCAGACACUGUGACCCCACUGCAUGCAUCCAUCUUGCAGUUGCAGCAUGGAAUGAGGCUGGUGGCAUCUGAGGUCCAUGCCUCCCUCCACAGCAGUGUGAUUUGCACAGACAGGCUGGAGGCCCUGGCCUCUGCUGUGCUGGCUUUCCCAUCUGUGGGCCCCACCUUCCCCACCUACUAUGCUCAUGCAGAUGCUUUGUGCUCAGUAAAAUCAGAGGAAAUUGUGCGAGGCCUUGGGAAGCUGACUGUCAAGCAUUCAGGAGGAAAGGAGCAGAAAGGAAUGUGCCAUCAGCCUUGCCCUACCCGUGAGCAGUUGCUGAUGAAUGCCCUUCUUUACCUGCGUUCCCACGUAUUGUGCAAGGGAGAGCUGGACCAAAAGGCCCUGCCACUCUUCAGACAUGUGUGUCAGGAGUUCAUCAAUGAAUGGGAUGAGCAGGAACGCAUAGCCCAAGAGAAAGCAGAGCAGGAAAGCAGCCUGUACAGAUACCGGAGGAGCUCCCGGACAGCCCUGAGUGAGGAGGAGGAGGAGGAGGAAUGGGAGUUCCGAAAACGGUUCCCACUGCAUGAAAAGGACUUUGCAGAUAUUUUGGUUGAACCAACGCUAGAGGAGAAGAAAGGAACUUCAGAUGGGCUAGAGGAGGAGGCACCCACAGACCCAGCUCUCCUCUCGCAGAGUUCAAUGCAAGCGGUGAUGCUGAUACACCAAGAGUUGUGCCUCAACUUUGCUCGGUCCUUGUGGUACCAGCAGUCUGUUCCACCACAUGAGCCAAAGCACUACCUCAGACUGUUUCUGUCUUGCUAUCAGACUGGGGCAUCUCUUGUGACACACUUCUACCCUCUGAUGGGAGUUGAGCUGAAUGACCAACUCUUGGGCAGCCAACUUUUGGCCUGCACCAUCUCCUAUAACACUCUCUUUGGGGAGGCACCUUCAGACCUUAUGGUGAAGCCUGAUGGGCCCUAUGAUUUCUACCAGCACCCCAAUGUGUCAGAAGCGCGGCAGUGUCAGCCUGUGCUUCAGGGCUUCUCAGACGCUGUCAGUCACUUGUUGCAGGAUUGGCCUGAACACCCCGUGCUUCAACAGCUUCUGGUUGUAAUGGACAGGAUACGUAGUUUCCCACUUUCCAGUCCCAUUUCAAAGCUCUUGAAUGGCUUAGAGAUCCUUUUGGCAAAAGCACAGGAUUGGGAGGAGAAUGCAAGUCGAGCUUUGUCUCUGCGGAAACAUCUCGAUUUAGUCAGUCAGAUGAUCAUUCGGUGGCGUAAGCUGGAACUGAACUGCUGGUCCAUGAGUUUGGAUAAUACUAUGAAGCAUCACACUGAGAAGUCCACCAAGCACUGGUUUUCCAUCUAUCAGAUGCUUGAGAAGCACAUGCAGGAACGAACAGAGGAGCAGGAAGAUGACAAACAGAUGACCCUGUUGUUGCUGGUCAGCACACUACAAGCAUUUAUUGAAGGAUCCUCACUGGGGGAGUUCCACGUACGACUUCAGAUGUUACUGGUUUUCCAUUGUCAUGUCUUGCUGAUGCCACAAGUUGAAGGAAAGGAUUCACUUUGCAGUGUUCUGUGGAAUUUGUACCAUUAUUACAAGCAAUUCUGUGACCGGGUCCAGGCCAAAAUUGUAGAACUUCGAUCCCCCCUAGAAAAAGAACUUAAAGAAUUUGUCAAGAUAUUGAAGUGGAAUGAUGUCAGCUUCUGGUCCAUUAAACAAUCUGUGGAAAAGACCCAUAGGACACUCUUUAAAUUCAUGAAGAAAUUUGAAGCUGUCCUGAGUGAACCCUGCCGGUCUUGCCUGGUAGAGAGUGAUAAGGAGGAGCAACCUGACUUUUUGCUCACCGAUGAAGCCGCACGUGAGGUGUCUCCAAUUCAAAGUCUGAACCGAGCUCUGAGGGAGACUUUGUUAGCCCGGCCAGCAGCUGGGCAGUUCACAGUUCCAGAACAGCGUCAGAGGGCUGGUCCUUUCUCCAUGGAGGGGGAGCUCCUGUGUCGCUUGCCGAAGCUCUUGAAACGCAUGAAGAAGAUGUGCCUGACAUUCAUGAAAGAGAGCCUUCUGCCUCACCUAGUGGAGGGCCUAGAUCAGUUCACUGGUGAAGUGAUUUCAUCUGUAAGUGCCCUGCAGAGCUUGAAGGUGGAGCCCUCUGCAGAGAGGGAGAAGCAACGAUCAGAAGCCAAGCACAUUGUCAUGCAGAAGCAGCGAGCUUUGUCAGACCUCUUUAAACACCUUACAAAAACUGGUUUAUCAUAUCGUAAAGGUCUUGCCUGGGCCCGUUCAAAAAAUCAUCAAGAGAUGCUUCAUCUUCACCCAUUAGAUCUCCGGAGCGCAUUGUCUAUAGUCAGCGGUACUCAGGAGGCGAAUUCUAGCCUGCUUACAGAAAUUGCUUCUUCGUGGGAUGGAUGCCAGAAGUAUUUUUAUCGUUCUCUCGCACGGCACACCAGGCUUAAUGCAGCCCUAGCAACUCCUGCCAAGGAGUUGGGCCUGGGCAAUGUUGAGAGGUGUAAAGGGUUCUCAGCACAUUUGAUGAAGAUACUCAUCCGACAGCGCCGUUCCCUUACCACGCUGACUGAACAGUGGAUCAUCCUCAGGAACCUCCUUGGCUGUGUGCAGGAGAUUCACAGCAGGCUGACAGGACCCCUAGCCUUCCCUAUGGCCCUCCCGCCUCAGGAUGGUGUGCAGCAGUGGACAGAGCGGCUGCAGCACCUGGGCAUGCAGAGCCAGAUCCUUCUUGAGCAGCUCUCCUGGUUCCUCCAGUGCUGUCCUAAUGCAGGGCUGCCCAAAAUCCGUGGCAGUGCUCCAGUGCUGGAUCAGUCUUCUGCCCCCAACCUGGAGGGACUGGAACUGACCAGUGGUCAGUUGUCUACAGCUGUGCCAGACCUAAUGCCUUCUGAUCUGAGCUACCCAUCCCCGGUACCUGGAAGUCAGUUGCCUUCUGGUUGCCGGAUGCAGAAACAGGACCAGCUUUGGCAACAGUGUGUUGCAGGGUUAACAGAGAUGCUGCAAAACAUUAAAACAAUGAAAGCUGAUAUUGACAAAAUUAGACAGCAAUCUUGUGAGACACUCUUUCAUUCUUGGAAAGAUUUUGAAGUUUGUUCUUCUGGGCUGAGUUGCCUGUCCCAGGUGUCAGCUCAUUUGCAAGGCCUAGAGUCCUUGUUCGUUCUUCCAGGAAUGGAGGAUGAGCAAACAGAUCCACAAAUGGCAUUAGUUAAAAGUCUGGAAUAUGUAAGAGUAGAAAUCAGUAAAGCUGUAGAUGACUUUACUACUUGGAAAACACAUCUGCUCAUUUCAAACAACCAAGGAGGAAACCAGAUGUUGGAUGAAAGCUUUGUUCAAGAUUUUUCAGAGCAUGUGGAAACUGCCAUCCGGGUCAUUCUCUGUGCCAUCCAGAACUUAGCAGAAAGCAACAGUAAAAAAGCAGAGGAGAGCACUGACCUGGAAAGGCCCCAAGAAGAGAGUGAGAGAGCAGGCUUCAAGGAACUGCAACCAGGACAUCUAACAAAACUCUUAGAGGAUGAUUUCUGGACGGAUGUGAGCACUUUGCAUGUGCAGAAAAUAAUUUCUGCCAUUUCUGAGCUGUUGGAAAGGCUGAAAUCCUAUGGUGAGGAUGGCACUGUAUCAAAGCACGUGCUCUUCCACCAGUCCUGCUGCUUGCUAGUACGCCUGGUGCCCAUGCUCUGCACCUUCUCAGACCUCAUCCUCUUCUUCCUGACCAUAUCUUUGGCAACUCACCGGAGCACUGCGAAGCUGCUCUCUAUGCUUGCUCAGGUCUUUACAGAACUUGCCCAGAAGGGAUUUUGCUUGCCUAAAGAAUUUAUGGAAGAUUCAUCAGGAGAGGGAGCAACCGAGUUCCAUGACUAUGAAGGAGGUGGAAUUGGAGAAGGCGAGGGCAUGAAGGAUGUGAGUGAUCAGAUAGAAAAUGAAGAACAGGUAGAAGAUACAUUUCAGAAAGGUCAAGAAAAGGAUAAAGAGGAUCCUUACUCCAAGUCUGAUAUUAAGGGCGAGGAUAAUGCCAUUGAGAUGUCAGAAGACUUUGAUGGGCAAAUGCAUGAUGGAGAUCUGGAAGAACAAGAAGAGGAUGAUGAGAAAUCAGAUAGUGAGGGCGGAGACCUGGAUAAACAGAUGGGCGAUCUCAAUGGUGAGGAAGCUGACAAACUAGAUGAGAGACUUUGGGGUGAUGACGAUGAGGAGGAAGAUGAGGAGGAAGAAGACAGUAAAACUGAAGAAACAGGACCAGGAAUGGAUGAGGAAGAUUCUGAACUUGUUGCUAAAGAUGACAACUUGGAUGCUGGGAAUUUGAACAAAAAUAAGAAACAGCAAGAUAAAAAAGAAAGGGAAGAAGCAGAAUGUGAUGAUGGUAGACAAGACCAAGACAAAAUUAAUGAACAAAUAGAUGAGAGGGAAUAUGAUGAGAAUGAGGUAGAUCCUUACCAUGGCAAUCAGGAAAAAAUGCCAGAACCUGAAGCCUUGGACCUUCCAGAUGACUUGAACCUUGACAGUGAAGACAAGAAUGGUGGUGAGGACACAGACAAUGAAGAAGGAGAAGAAGAGAAUCCUUUGGAAAUCAAAGAAAAACUAGUGGAUACAGAAGAAAUGAGUCAUGAAGCUGAGAAAAUGAGUGAAAGUACCGAGGCUGAUCAGGGUGAAAAGGAAGGUUCAUGUGAACCUGAGGAAGGCCCCAGUGAAGAUGACAAAGUGGAAGAGGAAGAAAUGGACAAAGGUGCUGAUGAUCAAGAAAAAAACACCACCGAACAUCUAGACGAAAACUCAGAGGAACAGCAACAGUCUCUGGAGGAAGAGGACAGGGAAGCCACUGAUGAGAGUGAUGGCAACACUGCUGACCAAGGUCUCCAGCCCCAGAAGGAGGAAGAAGAAGAAGGGGAGAAGGCUGACACAGAGGAGCAGGCGCCAGAGGCCACAGAGAGGAAGGAGCACACCUCUUGUGGGCAGACCAGUGUGGAGAAUAUGCAAAGUGUGCAGGCUGUGGAGCUGGCUGGAGCUGCACCUGAGAAAGAGCAGGGGAAAGAGGAACAUGGGAGUGGAGCUGCGGAUGCAAACCAGGCAGAAGGCCACGAAUCCAACUUCUUUGCCCGUUUGGCCUCCCAGAAACAAACCAGAAAAAAUACACAGAGUUAUAAGAGGAAACCUGGGCAGGCUGACAAUGAGCGCUCUAUGGGUGAUCACAAUGAGCAUGUGUGUAAGAGGCUGAGGACUGUGGAUACAGACAACCAGGCUGAACAGGGGGCAGCCCAGCCACAGGUGGAAGAUGCAGACACAUUUGAGCACAUUAAACAAGGCAGCAACACAUACGAUGCACAGACCUAUGAUGUGGCCAGCAGUGAGCAGCAACAGUCUGCAAAAGACUCUGGCAAAGAUCAGGAAGAAGAGGAAACUGAGGAUGCCCUCAUGGAUAUGGAGGAGCAGGAGGAGCUCAGAACAGCAGACACAGAGCAGCUGAAGCCAGAGGAAGUCAAGUCUGGGGUCACAGCAACCUCUGGCUUUGAUGAGAUGGAGAUGGAGACCCAAACUGUUAAAACAGAGGAAGACCAAGACCCCAAGACAGACAGAUCUCACAAGGAGACAGAGAGUGAGAAACCAGAAAGAAGCCAAGAUUCAACCAUUCACACGCUCCAUCAGUUCCUUGUGGAUACGAUUUUCCAACCCUUUUUAAAAGAUGUUAAUGAGCUAAGACAGGAGAUGGAGAGACAGCUGGAAACAUGGCAAUCACAGGAAUCUGGGAACGCAGAAGAAGAGAAGGCUGCAGCUGAAAUGUGGCAGAGUUACCUGGUCUUAACUGCUCCUCUUUCACAACAGUUGUGUGAGCAGCUACGUCUCAUAUUAGAGCCUACCCAGGCAGCCAAGUUGAAAGGAGACUAUCGAACAGGGAAACGGCUGAACAUGCGGAAGGUCAUUCCUUACAUUGCUAGUCAAUUUCGGAAAGACAAGAUUUGGCUUCGAAGGACCAAACCUAGUAAACGCCAGUAUCAGAUUUGUUUGGCCAUUGAUGACUCUUCUAGUAUGGUAGACAACCAUACCAAACAGCUUGCAUUCGAAUCGUUAGCUGUGAUUGGAAAUGCUCUUACCCUCUUGGAAGUGGGUCAGAUUGCAGUAUGCAGUUUUGGAGAGUCUGUAAAGCUGUUACACCCAUUCCAUGAGCAGUUCAGUGAUUACUCAGGAUCCCGGAUUCUACGGCUCUGCAAAUUUCAACAGAAGAAAACUAAGAUUGCUCAGUUUCUAGAGUCUGUAGCCAACAUGUUUGCAGCUGCCCAACAACUUUCACAAAACAUCAGUCCAGAAACUGCACAGCUCCUCCUAAUAGUCUCUGAUGGGCGAGGCCUUUUCCUCGAGGGCAAAGAAAGAGUCCUGGCAGCAGUUCAGGCCACCUGGAAUGCUAACAUCUUUGUUAUUUUUGUUGUGUUGGACAAUCCCAGCUCACGGGAUUCUAUCUUGGACAUUAAAGUACCAGUCUUUAAAGGACCUGGAGAGAUGCCUGAAAUCCGAUCGUACAUGGAGGAGUUUCCGUUCCCAUUCUAUGUCAUCCUUCGGGAUGUGAGUGCGCUUCCUGACACACUCAGCGAUGCCCUCACACAGUGGUUUGAGUUGGUGACAGCCUCUGACCAUCCCUAGAGGACAAAGUAAUCCAUAGUGACACUGUCUGAGCAUGUCCACUGUCUUACCUAGGUGCUCCCUUUUGGACAACU